CCUCAUUGUGAUGUUCUUGAAGCUGAUAUAGGAGGGAAUCCAAGUUAUGUUUGGAGGAGCCUCAUGUAGGCUCAAUCCCUAGUCGGAGAAUCAAGGAUGCUCAUGAUGAAUGUCCAUUUUGUGGACUGUUGGAAACCCAAGAACACAUCACCAGGGAAUGUGACCGGGCAGGAAGGGUGUGAAGACCUAGUGAAAUAGCAAAUCUCUUCAAAAUGGGUGAAGGAAAGAACUGCGAAACGUGGCUGUGUGAUCUAAUUGAGGGUGGCAGCACAGAAGAACUACUACAGGUACUAAUGACACUCUUGUUUUUAUGGAAGGAGCGAAACAACCAUCUAUCCAGUAACCCUAAACUAGAGGAGUGGGAAAUUGUGAGCAAAGCUCUGAAUUACCUGGAAGAGUAUAAAGCACAGCAAAGGCAGGGAGGCUCAGGAACACCGUCAUCACGCCCACGAGCUCGGUCCAAGUGGGAACCCCCUCCUGAUGGUCUCUUAAAACUCAACACAGAUGCAGCGAUCCAGGGAGAAGAGGGAGCGGGUUACGAAAUGAUAUUAAGAGACAACUCUGGAAAUUUCCUGAUGGGAGCGACUUACCGAACGAGAAGGCGAUGGCCGAUCGAGAUGGCGGAAGCCCAGGCGAUGCUGUGGGGCUUGAAAUUGACCCGAGCGAACUACUCCCAGCCUCUGCUCUUGGAAUCAGAUUGCCAGUCGGUGAUUCAGAAACUCAAUCGAAGGGAGGCAACAGAGAUGGAGGUGGGGAUGAUCUGCGACGAGAUUCGAGAAUUUGCGAAUGGAGGUGGGAAUGUUGAAUGGAGAUUUUGGAAAAGAGAAGGAAAUGCAUGUGCCCACAAAAUGGCUCGACUGAAGUGUAGGGUAGAUGAGACAGAGAUAUGGUUUUCCAGGCCACCUGUCAUUUUAGUCCCUUUAAUUUUGCAAGAAAGCAAUGUAGUCCCUGAACUUUGAUUUUUUGGGAAUACAGAUGAAUUUGUAAA